GCUUUCAUCACUUAACAUUAUUACAAAGAACCAUAAAACCAAAGCAUUUGUAUUACAGAAAAUAUUCACAAUAAUGGAAAAGUCAUCAGAAACCUCAUGGGCGGAUCAGUGGGACUACAACCCAGACCCGAUUCAUGAACCCAAGAAGACCCGAGGAUCCGGAUCCGGAUCCGGGGCUAACUACAAGCAAAAGGUUGGAGAAGGGUUCGUCAAAACGAAGGCGGUUGCUUCGAGUGGGGUAAAGAAAGUUAAAGAAGGCACAUCACUUGGAUUUCAUUGGAUCAAAAAUAAGUAUCAAAAGACCACACAAAAGCAUUAAUUAAUAAUACCAUAUGUUUUUUUCUUUUCUUUUUUUUGAUUAAUUGAUUCUUGGUAUACAUGUUGUGUAUAUGAUAUAUAGUUAUAUAUUACAUUAUUAUAGUAAUUAAUUUAUUGUUUUUUUUUUCAUUGGUUACUUGUAUUGUAUUGUAUGUAUUAUGUAUAGUGAAUAAGAUGUUCCUCCAUUGGGUUGAUAUAUAAAA